AGUUUUGAAACAUAAAUAAAACAAAGAAGCCGGGCGCGUCCCAAAAAUACUUAGCAACACAAUUGCAGGGUCAUUAAAGUCAAACCAAAGCCAUUAAUUAAAUAUGCGUUUAGCCAGCUGCGCAUUCUAUUUACUGAGCUGUCUCACCUUUGGCCUUUGUCUGGCCAACAGCAGCAGCAGCGGGGAGCGGCAGCGGCAGCGAGGUAAAUGGCGCUCCUUUGCCAGUUGUGCUGUGGCACGGCAUGGGCGACACUUGUUGUUUCCCCUUCAGCCUGGGCUCCAUCAAGAAGCUGAUCGAGGAGCACACCAAUGGCACCUAUGUGCGUUCCCUGAAGAUCGGCGGCAAUCUGGUGCUCGACUAUGAGAGCGGCUUCUUUAUACAUCCCAACAAGCAGGUGGACUAUGUGUGCAAGCAGCUGGCCCAGGAUGAAAAACUCACCGAUGGCUACAAUGCCAUUGGCUUCUCCCAGGGCGGACAGUUUCUACGUGCUUUGGCCCAACGUUGUCCUUCGCCGCCGAUGCGCACGCUCAUCAGCCUGGGCGGCCAGCAUCAGGGCAUCUUUGGACUGCCCAAGUGCCCCACGCUGAAGCAGAGUAGCUGCGAGUACAUCACCAAGCUGCUCAACUAUGCCGCCUAUGAAGAUUGGGUGCAACAGCAGCUGGUGCAGGCGACGUAUUGGCAUGAUCCGCUGCACGAGAGCAGCUACAGGCUGAAGAGCACCUUCCUGGCGGACAUCAACAACGAGCUGUAUGUGAACGAACGUUACUCCGAGAAUCUCAACAAGCUGAAGAGGCUGGUCUUGGUCAAAUUCCUCAAUGACACCAUCGUGCAGCCAAAGGAGUCGCAAUGGUUUCAGUUCUAUGAGCCCGGCCAGGAUCAACACAUUCAGCCGCUGAAUCAGAGCAAAGUGUACGAGAAUCUUGGUUUGGUUUUGCUGGAGCAGCGCAAGCGGCUGCACUUGCUCAGUGUGGAGGGUGAUCAUCUGGCCAUAUCGAAGGAGUGGUUCGUCAAGCAUCUGGUGCCAAUGCUUUUGGACUGAGAAGCCACACAGGGAACAAAGAGCUUUACUAGCAAUGUAUAAAUAUAGCCGAUUUACGCACGAUAUGUAAUAUACAGAUCUAUAUAUAUAUGUACUUAUAUAUACAGUUAUACAUGUGUAAUUUGUAAUUUCCAUAGUUUUUUUUUUUGCAUACAAAAAUGUUUUGGUUUUUACCUAGUUUAAAUGUUUUUUUCAUUAUUUUUUACAUAUUUAAUGUUUUUGUUUUAAAUUUUAGUUGUGAUUGUAGAAAAUUAAAUAUUUUGUUGGGGAGGAAAUAUUUAAGAUGCAAGGCAACGGUGUGUUCCAAGUUCUAAUAUGAUAUCAUAUCAAAUUCAUAUAUAGUUAUAGUAUUAUUAUUAUGAUUAUAGUUCUAUAUGUACAUGAGGCAAUUUUAACAAAAAAAGCUUAUCGACAACCAUCGAAUUAUAGCAUAAUAGGAAAAAUAAUAUAUAUACAUAUAUAUAUAUAGAAUAUAUAAUAAAAAAAAAUA